AUGCGCCGGCAGCUGCUGAUUCCAGAGCGCGCCUCUCCAUCUGCGGGAGCAGAACCCUUGACCCGAUCUGAUGGCGUCGUAACGGUCAAUGGCUUCAUCCGCACGGUGCGGAAACAGAAACGGGUAGCGUUUGCUGCAAUUGGGGAUGGCUCGUCGCUGCAGUCGCUGCAGGCCGUCUUGAGUCCCGCACAGGCUGAAGGGUUAUCUACCGGAAGUGCCGUCAGCAUUACCGGGAAAUGGAAAGAAUCUCCUUCUGGGAAAGAGCAGUCGCACGAGAUACACGCGGAGAACGUCAGGAUCCUGGGAGAUAAUGAUGCUACGACGUAUCCACUACAGAAAAAGUACCACAGCACUGAGUUCCUACGAACCCUGCCUCAUCUGCGGCCACGACUGCCCGUCAACUCGCUACUAUUGCGGUUAAGGUCACAUGUCAUUUCUCGUUUGACCCACUUCUUCUCCGAGCAAGACUUCGUCCAGACCCAUCCUCCAAUAAUAACGUCUUCCGACUGCGAAGGCGCUGGGGAGGUUUUCACCGUCUCUCUGGAACCGACAGCAUCAAAGGACCACAAAGAAGGCGCUUCAUCUUCACAAGACGAGCUUUUUUUCCAAUCUCCAAAAUAUCUCACUGUUUCAUCUCAACUCCAUUUAGAAGCACUUGCGCAAUCUAUAGGGAAAGUAUGGACCUUAUCGCCCACUUUCCGUGCGGAGAAGAGCGACACCCCUCGUCAUCUAAGUGAAUUCUACAUGCUUGAAGCGGAAGUCGCCUUUGUAGAAGAUCUUGGACAGGUCAUGGAUCUGGUCGAGGACAUGCUACGAGACAUUGGCCGUGGACUGCAAACAUCUCGCGUCGGGGAAGAGUUGCUUCAAGCACGCAAGCUUCAAUCAAACGAGGAUGCCGAAAAAUCCGACGUGACACACGAUGUUCUGGCUCGAAGAUGGCAGGGCUUGGUCGAUGGACCUUGGCCGCGCAUCACCUUUGCAGACGCCAUCAAGACGCUUCAGCGGGCUGUGGACGAGAGCAAGACCCAUUUCGAGUUCGAGCCAAGCCACAAGUCGGGGCUGCAAGCCGAGCAUGAAAAAUUCCUCGCGGAAACCGUAGGACAAGGCGGGCCGGUGUUUGUAACAGAUUACCCGCGCGAUCUGAAACCGUUCUACAUGGCACCGUCGACUGACAGCCUUAAGGCUACAAUUCCAGAGGCGGCAAAUGCAGGGUCCACGGUUGCCUGCUUUGACCUCUUGGCACCAGAACUCUGCGAACUGGCUGGCGGGUCGAUGCGUGAAUAUCGCCUUUCCCAACUUUUGGAAAACAUGGACGCCCGCGGACUUCGAAGAGCUUUGGGCAGUGAUUCGAAAGACCCCACAGCAGAAGGCUCUCUACAAUGUUAUGAAUCUCUCCCGCCGAACUUCUCCCUCUCCGCCAACAUGGUGGCUGGCGCGUUUGCUGGAAUUGCCGAGCACUCGGUGAUGUACCCAAUCGACUUGCUUAAGACGAGGAUGCAGGUCGUCAAUCCGUCGCCAACAGCCGUAUAUACUGGCAUAUCGAACGCCGUAGUCACAAUAUCGAGGGUGGAGGGGUUUCGGACACUGUGGAAGGGGCUAUCGAGCGUGGUUUUAGGGGCUGGGCCGGCGCAUGCUGUAUAUUUUGCAUCGUACGAGGCGGUCAAGCAUGCGAUGGGCGGCAACGAGGGACGCCACGAAGAGCACCACCCUCUAGCAGCUGCUGUGAGCGGCGCGGCCGCUACGAUUGCAAGCGAUGCGUUGAUGAAUCCAUUCGAUGUCAUCAAACAGCGAAUGCAGCUACACGGUUCGGUCUACAGAUCAUUCGGACAGUGUGCGAGGUCGGUCUUCCGAAAGGAGGGCUUCACCGCCUUCUACGUCUCGUAUCCCACGACACUGUGCAUGACAGUACCAUUCACCGCGCUCCAAUUCACGGCUUACGAGUCGAUUUCAAAAUCUAUUAAUCCGACAGGACGGUAUGAUCCAUAUACGCAUUGUACGGCAGGUGGUCUCGCGGGAGGGCUCGCAGCGGGCCUCACUACGCCGCUAGACGUCAUCAAGACACUUUUGCAAACGAGGGGAAAUGCAACGGAGCCCGAGCUACGGAAUGUCUCUGGACUGUGGCAGGCGGCAGCCAUUAUCAAAAGGCGGGAGGGCUACCGGGGCUUCUUCCGCGGGCUCAAGCCCAGGAUCAUCACCACGAUGCCGAGCACAGCAAUCUGCUGGUCGGCCUACGAAAUGGCCAAAGCAUUCUUCAUUGCGCGCAACGAAACACAACGAUAA